AACUGGUCGCGGUCGGUGGUCUAUCGAUAUCCGGCGCGCAGUCGCACAACAACGUCGUGUAGGAUUAUGGUAAAGAAACUGGGCAUGCUGGGAUAACCUCUAUUGCGACUGCAACACCCAAGAUGGCAACCAAAUUAAUACAUUGAAAAACAAAACAAUUUUGAUAUUUUUUGAGGUUUAAAAGACUCUGAAGUGUAUUAGGAAGAUGGAUAGCUGUGGUGAUAGAUCUACUUCGAAAGGAGAGUUUAUAGUUGGUGCGAAAUAUCGACUUGUGAGAAAAAUUGGGAGCGGUUCCUUUGGCGACAUUUACUUAGGAAUCAACAUUACAAAUGGCGAGGAGGUGGCGGUGAAAUUAGAGUCAACAAAAGCUCGACAUCCACAGCUUUUAUAUGAAAGCAAGCUUUAUAAAAUAUUACAAGGGGGUGUUGGCAUACCACACAUUCGCUUCUAUGGCCCUGAAAAAGAUUACAAUGUCCUCGUUAUGGACCUUCUUGGACCCAGCCUUGAAGAUCUGUUUAAUUUCUGCUCCAGACGGUUCACUAUGAAAACGGUUUUGAUGUUGGCAGAUCAAAUGAUUGGCAGAAUUGAGUACGUUCACAACAAAAAUUUCAUUCACCGAGACAUCAAACCUGAUAAUUUUCUUAUGGGCAUUGGUAGACAUUGCAACAAAGUUUUCUUGAUCGAUUUUGGUCUCGCAAAAAAGUACAGAGACAGUCGUACCAGAACUCACAUCCCUUACCGAGAAGAUAAAAAUCUUACAGGAACGGCCCGUUACGCCAGUAUAAACGCCCAUUUGGGUAUUGAACAGAGUCGCAGAGAUGACAUGGAGUCCCUUGGGUAUGUAUUAAUGUACUUCAACAGAGGAAGUUUGCCGUGGCAGGGUUUAAAAGCCAACACCAAAAAGCAGAAAUAUGAAAAAAUCAGUGAACGGAAAAUGUCAACUCCAGUUGAAGUUUUGUGUAAAGGCUUCCCAGCCGAAUUCUGUAUGUACCUCAACUACUGCCGAGGUUUGCGUUUUGAAGAAGCGCCUGAUUAUAUGUAUCUUCGCCAACUCUUCCGAAUUCUUUUCCGUACACUUAAUUACCAGUACGAUUACACAUUUGAUUGGACAAUGUUGAAACAAAAGGCAGCUGCUGUCGCGGCUAGCUCGACAACCGGCCAGACUACUGCUAAUGCUCGUUAAAAUAUUCGGAUUGAACAAAAUUGAACACUUCACAAUGCAGCUUAUCACCACAAUCACUGCACAAGCUUUUCGGUUCGCAGACAUUGGUAAAUAUCGAUAUUAUCAUUAUCAUUGACAAGUGAGGUUGUUGAUCUGCAAACGUGUGAACAGAUAGGAAUGCUUGUCAAAUAAACUUGUGUAAUGUCUUGUGAUGACAAACUGUGUAACUUAUACUGUGGUCUGUUGGUUAAAUUGUACUUGAAAUUUUUGAUGAUAUAGGGUCCUCAUAUUGCCUAUAUGAAGUGUAUUUAAAAAAUAUUGAAUGAUAAUGCUGCUGUUUCUGUCACUGGGGUUAUUGUAGAUUUAAAUGAACAUUUAUUUUAUUGUGUAUAGUAGUACUGUAUGUACAACUUCAUACAUACUUUAAAUUACUCAAAUGUCAUUAUAAAUGUGUGAUUUCUAAAAAGUCAAACUGUUAUUGGUUUGGACAGAAAAUGUAAGUAAGGUAAAACAACAAUUAAGAAAUCUUUGAUCAAUCACUGAAAUGUUAUAAUUACAUGUAUUAGAUGUUUCAGUGCAUACAUGUAUAUUAUUAAUUAUUAUUGAUAAACAUGUAUAUUUGAAAUAAUGAAAUAUAAUAUAUUCGUUGGUGUGACGAUAAUGUAGGUCUUUUUUUUUUCUUUUUUUUUUUAGAUAGAACUUUUUUUGUCCUUAACCUAUUUUCAAAUGUAUCAAUCUGUAAAAUUCUUUUUUUUUGUUUAAAAAAUAUACAAAUAAAUAUAUAUAUAGUGUAAACGCUCUUGUAUAUUCUGCGCACCAAAAAAGAGAUGGAAAAAAAAGACAAAAAAUAUCAUUUUAACUAGAUAAUAUAUUAUGUACAUGUAAACUAAUUUGUAAGAUAGUGUAACAAGAAGUUCAUUGACUCCAUACUUGUUGAAGUGUUUUGAAUUAAGUGUUUAUCUGUAAAAUAUACCGUGUCUAUGUUCUGUGUUUAUGACACAUGGCUUAAAUGCUGUUACAAUGUGUGAUAGAUAAUGUAUAAAAUGAAUUUGUAUGUCACUUGUUGCUGUGUCUGUAACUGUUCCUCAAAAAUAACAUCUGCCAGUUCACAAUACAUAUUUUCAGUUAAAACAAGAACUGCACAGAUGCCUGAUGUAUAAAAUUAACAAAUGUGAAAUGUAUGUAUUUUUAAUGACCUGAAACAAUGUCCAAUAAAUAGUUAAUUAAUACUGUUAUAUAAUCAAUUUUGAACCAUACAAAUUCACAAAUUUUGGUUUUCACUUGCAUUUAAAGGUUGAAUUACAUUAAGAUGUCGCUGUAUAGUUAUGCUUAUUUCACCAUAAAUUGUUGUACUUUUAAACAUAGAAAAAUAUACUAUAUGGACCUUUAUUUUCAUCUCAUGCAUGGGGAAAUACUUUGAGUUGAAGAUGAGUUAAUGUUGUACUUUUAAACAUAGAAAAAUAUACUACAUGUAUAUGGACCUUUAAGUUUAAUAUUUUCAUCUCAUGCAUGGGUAUACUUUGAGUUAAAGAUGAGUUAAUGUUGUCGUGUAGCUGAAUAAAUAAACAAUUAGAUAUAUAACAGGGUAUUCAUACAGUUGGUUUCUACCUCGUGAAUUAGAAACCAAAAUUAAAAUUUUUCACAUACAUUUGAUAACGUGAAUUUGUAUGGAUUGAAACCUAAUAUGAAUUGGCUCAAAAAGAAUAAUUUUGUUUUGAACUAUUUAUUAAUUAUAAUUGAUUGUCUUCUCUUGUUUUUGCUAUUUAUUCUUUAAAAUGUCUGUCUAGAAGUUUAUAUUUAUUAUGAUCAAUAAAUGUCUUCAUUAUAUUUAAUUUUCCUUUUCUUAGACAUACAUGUAAGCUCAAUGCACACAUGCGAACAAAAUUGCCGUUUUGUUUCUGUCGUCGUUCGAUCCCACUCCUUCAAAACAUUAUUCAACAUAUUUAACGGAGUCAAGAAAUUUCUGUAUUGAGUUUUAACUUUAUCUUUUAAAUUUAAAGCAAGGUUGUUUUUUUUGUCUUUGAACGACAGAAUUAUUGUCUUUGUCUAUUGCACAUUUUAAAUUUUUCCCCAAAUUGUUCAGAUGUGUGCAUUGAGUAUUAGUACUAUAUGUAAUGAAAGACAAAUAUAUAGUAGAAAUGAGAAAAUGGUUAGUUUUUGGCACUCGGUAGAUUUUAGGGCAUAUGAAACCAAACCUUUUUCAAAACAAUUAUAUUUGUUACUUGUACAGUCUUAUAUGAGUGACUUGAAAAUUAUUACUGUGUGCUUUUGACAUGGAAUAAAUGUAGAUAUUGUGAUAAA